AUGAAGGUCAAAGGUUCAUUCUUUCGCAUGAAAAUGCUCACUAAAAUGACAAACGCUGCACGCAAGGUGUGGAAAGCUGUGGUCAGAUACACGGCUAAGCCUCUGCUUUGUCAAGGAGUAGGUAGCGACAUGGCUAUGGCCAGAAAUUCUCGACGAGAAGAGUUCAAGGAUGCAACCAAAAUCGGAUCGAAGAAGCAGCAGCACAUUGCAUUCGACGACAUGUGCAAACUGGUGAAGCCAGAUACCGCACCGCUGUACCCUAUUCCAGCAUCUCCAAGGUGUCAGGUGGUGGCACUCGCAAAUUGGGAGACAGCUCCAACAUUUGCUCUCGACGAUCAUUCGACCCAUGAUGUUUUAAGGGCGAGUGCUGACAAUUUGCUCAACAAGUGUAACCCUUUUCUAUCGGGCAAGCACAGAGCAAAGAGUGAAGAUCUCGCAUCUGAAGCGCAUACAGUGUCGACCGAUUGCUCAACGAAUCAAGAGAGAGAUGUUGUCGAAUCGAACGUUGUCAAAGAAGACGUUGAGAUCAAAGAAACUCGUGAAUCCACAAGGAAGCUUGCUGACUUUGCUAGAGAGCACAAUUAUGCGAGCCUGAUUCAUCAGUUCGAAAACAUGUCAGUACAAGCAUAUGCAGAGGAGCACAAUUCUCACUGGGAUUGCGUUGGAUACGGACGUUGGGUCAAGUGCACGGAGUGA